AUGUUGACGAAGAAGAAUCGGUAUAUCCACAGUGACACAAUAGUUAUGGAAGGAAAUUGCAGCGCUGUCAUUCAACGCAUCCUUCCACCAAAGCAUAAAGAUCCUAGAAAUGUCACUAUACCGUGUUCAAUUGGCAAGGUUGCUAUAGAUAAAGCUCUCAUUGACUUGGGAGCUAGUAUUAACUUAAUGCCUCUCUCCAUGUGCCGACGAAUUGGAGAGCUUGAGAUAAUGCCUACCCGCAUGACCUUACAGUUGGCUGAUAUCUCCAUCACAAGACCCUAUGGAGUGAUUGAAGACGUUUUGGUUAGGGUCAAACAUUUGAUCGUUCCGGCUGAUUUUGUAGUGAUGGACAUAGAAGAAGACUUAGAUAUUCCUAUGAUUCUUGGAAGACCGUUUAUGUCUACUACAAGCUGUGUGGUAGACAUGGGGAAGAGGAAACUACAAAUGGCCAUAGAGGACCAGCAGAUCAGUUUUGAUCCAUUUCAUGAAUAG